AUGGCGCUGCGUCUGUUUCAGAAGCUCAACAGCAAUGUUAAAGAUAGAUUUACAGCCCUAGAUGCUCAGCUUCAAGCAGACACACUCCUAGGGAGACUGCAGUCGGUUCUGGCACCACUGUUUCCAGAAGUGGCAGCAGCAGUAGCAGCGCCAGAUGGGGUAGCUGUGCAGCCAAGGGAGCUCCAGACUGUUGUGGUCGACGAUGCAUCUGCAGCAAAACUGCAGCAGCUCACACAGCAGCUGCUGCUGCUCUGCAAACAGCUGCAGCGGCAGCACGCGCAGCAGGCAGCAAAUGAGCAGCAGCUGCAACAAAAGCAGCCACGAAAAGCAGCACUGGCUAUUUCAGGAGCAGCACGCGCUGGGCCUGUGGCGCCUGUUGCCUUGCAUAAACACAGCAUUGAGCUGCUUUGCUCUAUUCUGCUCCUUCGAUCUCCUGAUGCCUCGCUUGGCAACAACAGCAACGAUGACUACAGAUCAGAUACAGCUAUCGAAGAGGCUAUACAAGCGGCACUCGAGGUGCUGCUGGUGCUCUGUGAGCCCUCUCCUCUGGUUGCUGAAGUCAUAGAGGAGGAGCAGAAGCAGCAGAAGGCUGCGUUGCUCGCAGACUUACCUGCAGGAUCAGCGUUUGGGUCGACACUGGUAGAAGCAGCGGAGACGGAAUGGUCAAGCGUCUACGAAACGCCUGUUGAUGUGCAGAUUCUGGCUGUGUUGCAGCAGCAGCCAGAGGCAGCAGAGGCCGCAUGCAGCGCCAUGAGGAGCGCUGGCGAGCAUUCAGCAGAGAGCAGGGAGACGAGAAGACAGCAGCUUCAGGCAUUUGCAACAGCGGCAGCUGCCGAAGGUUCUGCAGCAGCAGCUGCUGCAGCUGCGGAGCUCACCACAACGAACAAGGCCGCAGCAGCAGCAACAGCAGCAGCUGCAACAGCCCAUUUGCUGCAGCUACGCCGUAUCUUCACUGGCACUGCUGGAGGCGCAGCGCUGGUGCUGCUGCUCAAGCUUGGCAGCAGCCAUGUGCAACUGGACUGCUUGCUCCUGCUGCGGCGCAUGCUGCUCUACGGAAGCAGCCUUGAGCGCUACGAGAAGCAGCAGCAACAGGAGUCGCCACAGAAGCCACUGGCAGCAAGCGAGCUAGCCAGUGCAGUAGCAGAAGCAUGCGUGCAAGGAGGAGGAUGCGCGCAGCAGCUGACGAAAGCUCUUAAGGCUGAUGGUCCCACAGGGGAAGCCUUGCGAGCUCUCGUGUUGCAGCUUUUGCAGGAGUUGCUGCAGCUCUCGCCUCCAAUGCGGGCUGCCUGCACCAUACAGGGAGGCCUUGAGGCGCUUAUGAAGGUUCUUGUUGAUGAGCUGAACUAUCCGGCGUUAUCGGACGUGCAUGCAACAAAUCCGGCAGGGGCAAGUGCUGCUCUUCUCGCUGCUGCUGCUGCUGGAGGCAACAGCACGCUUACCGCUGCUUCUCCCCAGGCCCUUGCUGCGCUGCGCUGCCUGCUGCUGCUGGCAGCAGACGAGUAUGGAUGCAAGUACAUGCGGGAGGCGCAAGUGCUGCAGCAGCUGCUGCUCCUCCUCCGCUUCCUGCUGCAACAGUUAGUGCAGCACCUGGCAAGCGAGCAACAGCUCCUGCAAGGCGAAGCGCCCCCCGCGGCACCAACGACUCCGGAGCUUCACCCGAGCAGCGCUAGUGCCAGCAGCAGUGGCAAGCGUCCUGCCUUCGAAAGUAUCUGCAAGGCGACCAAACUGCUUCUGCAGCUGCUGCAGCAAUUCAUCUUCUGCCCUGCUGUACCGUCGAAGCAAGAUGGAGGCCUCUCAGGCCUUCCCUUUGGCUUUUUGAGACUUCAGCACCACCCUGCAACACGACCAACGGCAGCAGCUGCUGCGCAGGCAGGCGUGGAGGCAGCUGGAGGGAAAAGAGGGGUUAGCUUUGCGGAGUUUGCAAAGAACUGUGUGGCGCUGUUGCGCUGGGGGUUGCCUCUCGGUUGCUGCCAGUUUGCCUCCGAGUUUGUUGCUGCUCUGCAGGAGCUGCGGCAGCAAAGACGGGUAAUGGAGGAGCAGCGGCAGCAGAGUUUGCAGCAGCAGCAGCACUGCAAGGCGGUGAAGGAGAUCCUCACCCUCUCUCUUGAGCUACUGAUCUCGGCAGCGAGGGGAGCAGGACCGCAAGCUGCUGCAGCUGCCUUGUGUUCGCAGCAGAAGGGCGCCCAGCAGCACGAGGAGCACCAACAGGAGCCGUUGGCGUUGCUGAUACAUGCGGCUCUCUUCUCGGCUGGUGACCUUUUGCUGCAGAAGAUGCUCCUGUCGUCGGUAGACUUGCUCCUUGCGGGCAACGACGUGCUGCAGCGCCAGCUGCUGCAGCACAUCCUCAGUGCGGUGAGCAGCACGGAACGGCAGCAACUGCUUCUUCGACAGAACGAGCAGCGUCUUGGAAAGGGGCCUCCUGCAGCAGUCGGCACAUCCCUGCUGGCGCCUGUUGCUGAUGCACAGCUGCAUCAGGAGCAGCAGCAGCAGCUAGCUCCGUCAGUGUUGCACGUUGCUGCUUUGCUGCACUGGCUCGCUUCGUUUGCUGCAACGCAAGCAGCUGCGGUGCAUGGGAGAGCUGCUGCUUCUGUAGCGGGCAGCAACAAUUGCAGCGCCUUCCUCUCAGAUUCCACGGGAGGAGCUGCGGCAGCGGCAGAGUGCACGGUAGACGUGCAGCUGCAGCAGAAGCUGCAGCAGGCUGCUGGAGCGCUGCACCUUCUGCUUUCAUGUGUGCACAACAACCUGCCCAUGCUGCAGCACUUGCUAGUCUGUCCCGUCGCUGUGUUGGGGGAGCCUGAUCAGCGGCAGCAGGAGCGGUGUAACAAGCGGCAGCAGCAGCCAAUGCUGCAGCAGCUGGUCACCCAUAUCCUGCCGCAACUGCUACAAGCCGUUCAAUCCGAAGCGCCUCAGUCCGGAGGGGCCGCUGCCUCGUGCAUCUCUGCAGUCUUGGCUCUGCUGCUCGGCGUACUGUGCCCUCCGUGCAUCGCCUUCGGUGCUGCCGUCCUCAGCAGCAGCGCCGCUAGCCAGCAGCCUGCUUCAGCAGACUUAGCACCCGUGAUAGCGCCUGCUGCGGAGUUCGCUGCUGCAGUGCAGGUCCCCUUGGCCUCCCUGCUGCUGUCACCCCUGUGUGCGUUGUCGCUGGUGCGGCUGUUGCAACACGAGCAGCAGCACCAACAAGAGCAGCAGCACCAACAAGAGCAGCAGCACCAACACGAGCAACAGCCGCCGCCACGCUCUCAGGAACGGCACGGGCAGGUGCAGCAGCAGAUGCUACUGCGCGGCCUUAGUGCGCUGAUACUGCAGCAGUCCAUCGAGGUGUUGAGGCAGCAAGAGGAGGCAACUGCUGCAGACGAAGAGCAACACGACUCCUCUGCCGGAUGCAGCAACGGAAGCGGCUUCAGCGCCAACAGCACCAGCGCAGCCCAAACGCUAGUGGCGACAGUCGGAAUCGAGGGCCUUUGUCAGCGCCUCACAGACGUUCUGAGAACGACAGCAACCUGCUGCAAUGCAUCGCUACUGUGCGUGCUGACCGCCUCCUCCAUCUUCUAUGCCGCUGCCUCCUCGGGGACCUCCUCUGCUCCCGCUGCGGCAGUCUCCUACCCCGCUAUUCGAGCUGAAGGGUGUCUCAAAGCCUCCCCCGAGCAGCAGCAGCAGCUGCUGCUGCUGCCACAGGGGGAUCUGCUCCCUCCGGCUGUUUGUGGACUCGUACGGCUCCUUGCCAUAAGAGGUCCUCGGCAACUCGUUAAGGCCUUCCUAUCGAGAUGCGCCGCUGUGCCUGCCCAAUCUCCCGAAGCGGCACUGCUCGCGCAGGCAAGGCAGCUCAUUCGUUGGCAGCAACACACGCUGGAGUCUGUUCGCCACAACUGCGCCGCGGCGGAGAGACACGCGGCUCUUAUGCAGAGAGCGGCAGCACCAGAGCUGCUUGCUGCGCUCGCUGCAGAAGCAGCCACGUUGGGAAAGGAGGUGGAAGAGCUACUGUGUGCUCGCUCUGCCGCUGCAGAGCGAGCAGCUGCGGAACGUCAGAUGGCAGCUCGAGAAACCGCCCGCAACGAACAACUCGUUGCUUUGCAGGCACAGCUAGAGGCCAAAAACACACCUCCAUCAGAUCUGCAGAACGACGUAGCGCGCCUUACGGCUGCACUUGCCCAGCGAGAGGCCCUACUGCGGAGAGCCACAGAGCAGCAAGCCGAGCUGCUGUCGUUGUUGGAAUUGAUAGCGACGCGGGUACCAGAGGCGCUACAGUACAUGUGCUCCUUGACUGAGGCGCCCUGUCAUUACACCCAAAAGACUGAUACAACCGCUACCUCCGACAGCGGAGCAGGUGUUCAUGGUGCAGCAGCAAGUGCCCUUCAAGGCCUCAUGCCUAUGGGAUGUGAAACCGUUUUGCAGCCUCAGCACCACUACAACCAGCAGCAUCAGUCGAAUUCCAGGACCGAUGUGGCCCCUGGAGCUCCAGAUGCUGUACAUACAGCGGCCGUAACACAACCAACAAGGGCAGCAGUCCCAAGUGCCACCACCAGUGCCUGUGAAACUGCGUCUCUCGACGUCUCUUCUUGCAGCAGAGAUCAGCUGCAAGAGGGGCUGCAUCCCAACAACUUGCAUUCAGCAGUGGCAGAUCCAGCAGCAGGAGCAGCCGCAUCAGGGGGCCUACAGCCUUGCCAAGGAACACAUCAGCACGCUGAUCGUUCUGAUUCCAAAUACGUGCUGGAGCGGUCGGUGCUACAACAAGGAACAAUAUUUGCAUGCCCAAGUGACACAUGGCCAGCAGCAAGACCAUCUGCUCCAAAUGACGCAGCGGCCGCUCCUGCAACCUCAGCAGGAGCACGAGCGAAGCCACCGCGAGAAUCCACAGCACCAGGAUGUGUCCCAGCUGAUGUACAAAACUCAGCAUGA